AAGGGAGAUGGAGAAACCGGUGAACCAGGUUUCACGAGGUUCGACCACAUUCAUCCAGGCAGAUAAAACCAGUUUCCGGGAGCUCGUCCAGCGGUUAACCGGUCCAUCCACAGAUUGUGAUAGGCAAACCUCCAUUACACCUCCUACCAAUGAAGCAACCAAUGAUGGUGCAGCUGUGAAGGUGACAGGCAUCAAGAGACAAACAUCCAGACUCCUUGAAAGGAGGGAAUACACAAGGUCCAAACUCGAGAUAGUAAAACCCGGUUUAACUCAAACUGGUUUACAUUUGACUGACCGGGUUACCUCUCCAUCCCAAUCUGGUAACUUUGCUUUCACUACAAGCCCUUUAGGCACCCCAUCUAAGGCUUUAUUGAAUCUUUCCAUCUCUGGUAAAGAAGAUGAUGAAGAAGAGGCAAAAUCAGUAGUACUAUCUGAUCAAGAUAGAGAAGAAGAAGAGAAAGCCAUACAAGAAAGAAGGUUUUACUUGCAUCCUUCACCCCGGUCCAGACAGGGAAAUGUUGAACCGGAAUUACUUCCCUUGUUUCCACUCACAUCUCCUAAAGAAACUCAUCAAUAUUAAAAUU